AUGAAAAUCAAAACGAAAUUCAAAAAAGCAAAGCAAAGACUUCGAAGUUUUGGAAGCUCAAAUGGAUCAGUGAGUUUAUGAAGAAAUAAAGCAUAAAGGGAGGGGGUCCUAAUUAAAUAAUUAGUCUCGUAGAAGACCUAUUUUCCAAAAUAGAUUUUGAAAAAGAUUGGUGAUUUUUUAGAAACAAGAUGUUGCUAUAAAAACAUACCCAAAAAAUGUAUAGUACCGGGAUGGACAUGUGAGCCAAAUUAUAAAACUCGAAAAAAUAUUUUUUUUUGAAAAAUGAAACAAGGCGAGAAAAGUUCACGCGAAGAUUUAAUUAAAUAAACGUGAAUUCUUUUUUAUCUCUUCUUCACCUCAUUGCAUUUUUAAAUUAGCCGAAUUGUGCUCAAAGAUUCAUCUUGUCACUGAGAUUCAGCUGAUUCCGGAAAAAAAGGUUUAAUUGUCAAAAAAACACAUUUUUAAUAAAAAAUAAGUAAAUCCCGAUAAACCUACUGUAACCCAGUUUCCUUUUUUUUAGGAUGGUGAAGCUGAUGAACAAAAUUCGAAUUCAAAUGUUUCUGAUUCAAAAACGAGUGAGAACAAAUCAUCGCCAAAAAAUCAAAAUAAUUCAUCAAGCAGUCAAUCAAAAACUUCAGCUGAUCAAAGUCGAAAAUCAGUUAGUCGAGAAUCGAUUGAACCAGAAAUGAAAGAACAUAAAGAUAGUAAUUUUGGAAAAAAUCGAUUUAUUGAUACAACAAAACCAGCAAUUUGGAAUGUUCUUGUUAGAAUUAUUGAGGCAAAAGAUAUUGAUACAGGUAAUUAAAGGGUUACUGUAGAUGGUAUCAGUAUUUCCAUUAAUAUUAUUUAAUUCAGGUGGUUCUUCGCGUGUUCGUGUUAUUCUUGAUGGAAAAUCAAAAAUGACUCGAGUUGUUACACAUGUUGUUCCAAAAUGGCGUCAAAAUAUUCUAUUUACAACCAAAAAACAAAGUCUUGAAAAACUGGCUGAUAAUCCAUUGACAAUCAAACUUGUUCGACCAAAAUUUACUGGCGAAGUUGAAAUUGGACAUUUUUCUUGUUAUCUUUCGGAAGUGAUUCAUUUAACAAAUAAAUCAGUGAUUUCGAAAUGGGUUGCUCUUGGAUCACAAAAUGAAGAAACUGAUGAAGAUUGUGCCAAUGAAAAUUGCGGAUUUUUGAAACUUUCAAUUUGUGUUUAUCGAAUGGAUGAAUCACCACCACAAAUGAUUGAUGAUGAUGGAACUGAAGAAAUUUGGAGUGGAGCACAUUUAUCCGAUUAUACUUUAAAGGUAAUUUGGAUAAGUGCGAGAUGAUUAUGAAUAAGUUGUGUUUUUUCCAGAUUCGUCUUUUUAGUAUUGAAAUGAUGUUUCGAAAAUUGAUAGAUGAAAAAGGAAAAGGAAAAAAACAGCAGAAAUUUUAUUUGUUAAUUCAAUGUGGAAAUGAAAAAGCAGAAACAACUUUGGAAAUUGCAAACGUUGAUGAAAAGCAACAAUGGGCUGAUAUAAUUUAUGAUCAAGAAGUUUAUAUUCCAAUUUCAUGGCCAACUGUUAUUUCACAAAUUUCAAUUAGUUUAUUUUCGAAAAAGGGUAAAAAACAAAGAUGUGUUGGAAAAACAAUCAUUCCGAUGAAACAAAUUUAUGAACCCGGAGAAGAGGGCUUUUUGCCAACUUUCGGACCAGCAUAUUUGAAUAUUUUUGAUUGUGAAAAAAGUACACGGUUUAAUUGGUUUGUCAAAGGUGGGUUUGAAGUUAUUGAAAAAAUCUGGUAAAGGUUUCAAAAAAUUCUGAAUCUGAGUUACUGUAUUUCUUUCUGAAAGUGUGUCAGAAACUUUACUUCGAAAUGCUGUUUGGGUUGUAAACAUCUAGAAAAAUAUAUGCAGUCAAUAGUUAAUCAGUUUAAUCUACAGUAACCCAGUUAUAAGGUCACCCUCUUUUUCAUCCAAAUAUUACUCAUUCGAUUUUUAAUCCAGUUUCAAAAUAAGGGUUACAUAUUAAUUUGAUGCUUGUGAGUUUCUACCAAAUGAACUACAGUAACCCAGAUUCUGAAGAAAGGGGCUAAAAACCGCUUUCUUAAUAUUGAAAUAAAAAAUAUUGGAACUUUCAGGUUCAACAGCUCGCCAAGAAGAUGGUUCUCGAUUUAUUUCUCGUUUGUUCAUGUCAAUUGAUUGUGUUGAACAUAUGGAUGAAACUGUAUCUCAACGACUUUUUCUCGAUCAUUCAUCUAUAAUGGAAGCCGAAGGGUUUAUGGUUGGUUUUUCUUCUGAACAUUCAAAUUAGAUUUUUUUCAAAUUUUUAUUUCCAGAAAUCUGUUCGUCGAUAUACAGCUUUUUGUACAAUGACUUCUUUGAAUAUGAUAAAUCCAUUAUUUGCAUCUGAUGCAAUUCAAAUUCUUAUUUCAAUUGGAACAUUUGGAAGUGUUGAUGUUGAUAAUCGAUAUUGUUCAAGUUCUACAGUAGCUGCGAUGCCAAAUUGGGAUCAAUGUAAAUAUUUUGCAAUGCCUUGGGGAAAUCUGAGACCAAUGUCUGAAGUCAAAUGCUAUUUUGAAAAUAUUGAUUAUCGAAUUGAGUUAUCAAAUUCAUUGAUGAAAAUGUCAAAUAUGUUGGAUCGAAUGAUUUGGGAAGUUUUGAGAACUGGAAAUGGAGCAUUGGAUCAAGUUGCAUCUUUGGGUUGUGAAACAUUGGAUAAUUUAGAACAAAUGAUUGAUGCCGGUAUCAAAUUUUUGGAAAAAGUCAAAUUAACAAGAAAAAAUAAUUUGGAUAAUUGUUGGUUGCAAGAAAGAAAAAGACAGAUUCGAAAAUUGAAAGAUAUUAUUGAAGGCGAAAUGUUUGAUAUUGACUAUUCUGAAGAUGAGGUAUAAUUUUUUCACUUUAGAAAUUUCAGAUUUUAAAUCGAACAUAUUUUCAGAUUGAGGCGAAGCUUCUUCGAAUGAUGUUGAGAAUGAGAAGUUUGGCAAAAACUAUGGCAGAUGAUAUUCAAAUUUCAAUUCCACCAUUAGUUAUAAAAAUGUUUUCAUUUGGAAAAUUGAUUGGAUUCGCAAAAAUUCCAAUUUCGGAAGUUUAUCAAUCAGAUAAUGAAGUAAGAAGUGGUGAAUGGUGUGGAAGAAGAAGAGCAAUCAAUAUACAAUGGCCAACAUUAUUUGAUCAGAAAAAUCGAAAAGAAGAAUUUGUAGCUGUUUUACAUGCAACAAUGUGGUUUGGUAGAUCAGAUAUGACUGAAAAAUGGAAAGAACAUGUUGAACCAGCUGAAAUUCGAUAUUUUAUGGAUGCUUAUGAAGUUCAGGCAAAAACAUUGGCUUUGACUUGGAAACCAAAAAGUGAUGCGAAAGCAUUUCUGACGGGCGAUGGAGAAUUUAUAUCAAGUAUUCCGAAAGUCAAAGAUGGAUGGAAAACUGUGGUAAGUCAAUUGAAAAAGAAAAACAGGACUUAUUUUUGAAAUUAUGACACCUUUACUAUGAUUUUACCAAACCACUAACGUAUUUAAAAAAUAUGAUCAGUUUAUGAUUUAGGGUCAAUGGUUGGUAAUGAAUACUCAUGAUAUGUGGAUGUCAAAUUGUGGAAGACAAACUAUGCAUGAUAAAGCAUAUGAAGUUCAAAAGAAAAAAUGA